CCAAACAGCAGCAGCAGCGUCAGCAGCAGCCCAGGCAGCCGGGCAGUGAGACACAUGUCCCCACAGUCUGUGAGCCCCACACUGUCACUGGAGCCCAGAGAGGACACACAGCCAACAUGUCUCGGCACAGAAAUGUCCGAGGUUACAACUACGAUGAAGACCUUGAUGAUGACGAUGUGUACGGACAGUCUGUGGACGAUGACUACUGCUGCAUAUCCCCAGCAACAGCAAAUCAGUUCAUCUAUUCACGUCAAGAGAAGCAAGGGCCAAAGGAGGAGCCUCUAGAAGAGGAAGAAGAUGAAGAGGUUCUUAUCUCCCCUACUGUCAUCCACAACCUUGACCCUCUUGAUCAAGCCAAGUUAUAUUCGUGUCUGGACCAUAUGCGGACAGUGCUGGGAGAAGCAGUACCAGAUUCAGUCCUGAGCCAGGCCGCCAUAAGACAUGGAUUUGACCCACAGAAGGCCCUGGAUGCAGUUCUGUCUGAAGACGUUAAAACAACCCCAGUUACUGAUGAGACGGAUGUGGUAGCGAGAGUUGGCCAGGAGAAAGCUCCACUUCCACAAAGAACCAAACAAGCGGCCACAGCUGAGAAAGCUAAAAGCAGAGACGUGUCUCAGAGUAAACUGGACCCUGAAGUGGUUCCUAAAGUUGCUCGCAUGACCGUCUCUGGCAAGAAGCAGACCAUGGGCUUCGACGUUCCCAGCACAACCGAGAACGGCGUGGUCACCGCCUCAGUUCGCCGCCGCGGCAGUCCGGAAAAUGCAACCAAUGCAACAGAGGCCACCCCCAAACGUCCCGAGACCCCGUCCAAAGGGUCGAAUGUAGAAGAGACCUCCACGCCAGGCCGCUCGACUGGAAAGUCCCGGCAAUCCAUUAACGUUAAGGUCGAGCUGGAGAAGAGACAGGGCGGCAAGCCUCUGUUAAAUUUGGUGGUUAUAGGUCACGUGGACGCAGGUAAAAGCACGCUGAUGGGCCACCUGCUCUAUCUUCUGGGCAACGUCAACAAACGUACCAUGCAUAAGUACGAGCAGGAAUCGAAGAAGGCGGGGAAAGCCUCCUUCGCCUACGCUUGGGUUCUGGAUGAAACUGGCGAGGAGAGGGACAGAGGUGUAACGAUGGAUGUCGGCAUGACCAAGUUCGAGACCAACUCGAAGGUGGUGACUCUGAUGGAUGCACCCGGACACAAAGACUUCAUCCCCAACAUGAUCACUGGAGCUGCACAGGCGGACGUGGCCGUGCUUGUGGUGGAUGCCAGCAGAGGAGAGUUUGAGGCAGGAUUUGAGUCGGGUGGUCAGACCAGAGAACACGCCCUGCUGGUGCGCUCACUGGGCGUCACUCAGCUGGCUGUCGCGGUCAACAAGAUGGACCAGGUAAACUGGCAACAAGAGCGUUUCCAAGAUAUCAUCUCCAAACUCGGCCACUUUCUCAAGCAGGCUGGAUUCAAGGAGUCUGAUGUUUUCUACGUCCCCACCAGCGGCCUAUCGGGAGAAAACCUUGCCACCAGGAGUUCAGUUUCCCAGCUCACCUCCUGGUACUCUGGUUUCAGCCUGAUGGAGCAGAUUGAUGCAUUCAAAGCUCCUCAGAGGUCUGUAGACAAACCUUUCAGACUGUGCGUCUCGGAUGUGUUCAAAGACCAGGGUUCAGGCUUCUGUGUCACGGGGAAGAUUGAGGCGGGUUAUGUUCAGACUGGGGACAGAAUACUGGCCAUGCCUCCCAAUGAAACUUGCACUGUCAAAGGUAUCACUCUCCAUGACGAGCCUCUGGACUGGGCCGCAGCAGGAGACCAUGUCAGUCUGACGGUCACCGGCAUGGACAUCAUCAAGAUGAACGUGGGCUGCGUGUUCUGUAAUCCCAAGGAGCCGAUUCGAGUCUGUACUCGAUUCAAAGCCCGAAUCCUCCUCUUCAAUAUCGAGGUGCCCAUCACAAAAGGCUUCCCGGUGUUGUUGCAUUACCAGACAGUGAGUGAACCAGCCACCAUUAGGAAACUGAUCAGUGUUCUACACAAGAGCAGCGGUGAAGUUCUCAAGAAGAAACCAAAGUGUUUGAGUAAAGGUAUGAACGCUAUCGUGGAGGUCCAGACCCAGCGGCCGGUGUCAUUAGAGCUGUACAAGGACUACAAGGAGCUGGGUCGCUUCAUGCUGCGAUACGUGGGCUCCACCAUCGCUGCAGGGGUCGUCACCGAGAUCAAAGAAUGAAGAGCAGUGAACACACAGAGCUGCUCAGGCCUCGCUCUGGAGCUGGCAUGCAGCCAGAGAUAAAGUGCAAUUCCUCAAAGUCAUGUCACUCACGGACUCCGAGCAUCACACCGAUCCCUCCAUCUCCAGCGCAGCAGCUGCUACACCCGACCGCUCCGAUCAGACAGCGACCCUGAGGCGAGAGGCCCGAGGUCCUCACACAGUGACACUGAGCAGCCAGCUAACCCCCGCCCCCCUCGCACGGGAAAGUGAAAUUCUAUUGCUCCCAAAUCUCAGUCUGAUCAAACCAAAUCGAUAAUGUGAUCGGACUCUGGAAGACAAUCUGACCACACUGAGACUUCCACAGUGGCUAUUUUCACUGUUUCUUUGAAGGAGCUGUCAUGAAUUCGGCUGAAAGAUACAAAGCAAGGACAAAUAAAUGAGCUGUGUUUCUGCUAUAUUUUUAAGUAAUUUAAAAGUCCACCUUUCUCCCUCGCUGUCUGUAAAGUUAAAGAAUGAGGAUUCAGUUUCAGGUAACUUUUUCAAUAGGGCUCUUCUAAUCAAAACUGCAAGCUCAAGAAAUUAAUUUUAAAGUUAGUAGUGAAAGAAUGUGAUGUAUCAUGUGGAAGUUGAGGGCAAAUUAUAUUUUUUAAAUCAUUAAAUGUUUCAUUUCAAAUUCCAUAGCUUGAGGGAAAAGGUCUACAAACGCAUUUAAAUGUUUACUCUAACUGACGUAGAGUAGUUUGCAAACAAAAAAGGGAAACUCAAUUUUUUAAUUCCAUCUGGAUCAAGAGACGGAAUGAGAAUUUAUGCUAACAGAAGGUAAUUACUUGAAAUGCUCAUAUAAAUGAGAGUUUCAGGAAAGCAGGUACAUGCUGUCAGAAGGGCUUUUGGUUUUUUUUUCAGACAAUGAAUCUGCUGAAUUGAGGUGGGAGGUCAAAGGAGCUGUAUUUGUGUUGUUGUGUUAAACUGGACAUGUUGGUGAAGAAAGAUGAUGCGAAAUGAACAUGACAUCAGAAA